AUGGGAUGUCGCCCAUCGACACCCCGAUCUGCUGCAGGAUUAUCACCUGAACCAUCCACUGAAGAGCAAGAGGACGAUGAGAAAUCGAAAAACCAGAUGUAUCGUCCUUCCAUAGAAAGUCUGCAGCCUCCAGAUACUCAGGACGAUUUGAGUUCUGAAGGUAUGAGGUAAGA